UCUGUUUUGUUGUCAUAGCAAUAACAAAGUUAUAUUGUAAAAUGGUUGUGAAACUAUACGGGCAGGUAACGGCAGUUUGCCCACAAAGAGUCUUGCUUUGUUUCCUCGAAAAGGGAAUCGAAUUUGAGAUCUUUCAUAUUGAUCUUGAUACUUUAGAGCAGAAAAAACCAGAACAUCUUCUUCGUCAGCCAUUUGGUCAAGUUCCAGCCAUAGAAGAUGGAGAUUUCAAGCUUUUUGAAUCACGAGCCAUUGCGAGAUACUACGCGACCAAGUACGCAGACCAAGGCACGAACCUUUUGGGCAAGUCUCUAGAGCACCGAGCCAUCGUGGACCAGUGGGCAGACGUGGAGAACCAAUCCUUCAACGCUCUUGCCCACCCCAUUGUGCUUAACCUAAUCAUCAAGCCGAAGUUAGGUGAAAAAUGUGACACCGUCUUGGUCGAGGAGCUCAAAGUGAAGCUUGGAGUGGUCUUGGACAUAUACGAGAACCGCCUUGCUUCGAACCGGUUUCUGGCUGGUGAAGAAUUCACUAUGGCUGAUUUGACGCACAUGCCGGCUAUGGCGUACUUGAUGAGUAUAACCGAUAUCAACCAGAUGGUUAAGGCUCGGGAGAGUAUCAACCGAUGGUGGGAAGAGAUUACGGCUAGGCCGGCUUGGAAGAAGCUUAUGGAGUUGGCUGGUCGUCACUGAAAUAUAUAUAGCUCGAAUAUAUAUGCUGGUUGAAACCAAGACCAAAUAAGCUUGAUAUUUUCUGCGUGUCUAUUCUGUACGUUUCAAUAAUAAACUCAAUCUACAUCGAUCUGAAGAUUUUAAUUCGUCAA